CUUCACCAGGUACGGUCCCAUAAUUCAAGUAGGAUCCGCCCUACACUCUGCAUCGUGCCCCACCCAUAUCGCUUCAACUACCACAAUGUGCGACAUCAUCAGCGCCAUAUCCUUCGCCGCGGGCGCCGCUUCCCUCUGCAUCAAAGCCAUCGACAGCCUCAAAAAGUUCUCCCACGGCGUCCGGAACGCCGAAGACGACCUGCGCGAGGUGGUUAUCAGAGUGCAAAGCUCGUACAACCUCUUGGAAAUGAUUCGUGGUCUUCUCAUCGAACUGAAGGAGAGCAAUGCGCACGAACUCGCUAUUGCCGUUCCUGUCGACGGCCUGAAAGAAACACUGCAAAGGAUUCUCGACAUGGCGAGUGAUGUGUAUAGAAACAGCAGACGGAUCCGGUUCUGGCGCAAGUUGAUUUGGUCCCUGGAGCGCUCGGAGGCGCUAGAGCUGGUUGGCAGGCUGACACAGCAUCAAGAUCAGCUCAUGCAUGUCCUGCAGGCUAUUAGUAUCAUUUCCCAGCUCCGUUCUCAGACCAGCAUCGCGAGAAUGAUCAAAGAAGCAACCGACACUGCAGUGUCUCCAGAUGCGUUCUCCGAGAUCACGCUCGUCAAAGAAGAGACGGGCGAAGUGGGCAGUGACAAUUUGAUCCGAACAUGGAUUGGCCAUGUGCACACGGACGUCGGUCAGCUUGCCGACCCGUACUGCAGCAUGCGCAAUGAUCUCGCCGACGCUGCCUACUUUGGAGCCUGGGACGACGUAUUCGAUAUCCUGGAGCGGGCGAAGCAGCGCUUUGACGAACAUUGGGCAAAUGCAACGAGGAUAAAGCCGCGUGGCGACGCCAUGUCGUACUGGACGCCGAUGCAUCAGGCCGUGUAUAUGCGCGCGCCGCGAGGUGUAGUAGAGCGAUUGAUCGCGCUUGGCGGAUUCCGCACUCUCCGGACUAAAUGGACCGAAUUCCCCUACCCUAACGUCACGCCCCUGGAACUCGCACACCUGCUCAAGGAAACAGAGCUCUACGACGUGCUAUGCCCCGUGAUCCGAAACCCCGUCCCGGCCACUGUCCUCACCGGCCUCGAAGCGCUGUUCCACAAACUCAUACGCCAGGAGGCCGAGCACUUGGUGGAUACGAGCGCGAUGUAUCUGCCGCUCCUGGAGCCUUUGACAGAGCUUGAUAGCAAGGCUGUUUGGUUCCCGAUUCAGUGUGAGAACGAGGGCGCGGGGUACCUGUACCGGCUAGAUGGGAGGGAUUUGAUGGUGAGGUCUCGGAAUAUGCGUUCGGUGGGAGAGGAGUGUGCGUAUGUUGUUACGGAGGAGGAGAUAUAUAUUGUUAAUGGGGAUGAUGAUGAAGGUGUUGGCCUGGUGGCUGGAGAAUGA